UGUGGAGCUCCUAAUAACUCUCUUUGUCUCUCUGUCAUCUUUCCAGCUGCAGGAGUCUUCACUAUAGCCCACGUUACCAUGGCCACCCACUUCUCUAAGGAGCAGGAGGAGAGAAUCAAAUGUGUUAAGGGUGACCUGUUCUCAUGCCCCCAAACAGACUCCCUGGCUCAUUGCAUCAGCGAGGACUGUCGCAUGGGUGCAGGCAUAGCUGUUCUCUUUAAGAAAAAGUUUGGAGGCGUACAAGAGCUGUUGGAUCAACAAAAGAAGACUGGGGAGGUGGCAGUUCUGCAAAGAGAUGAGCGAUACAUUUACUACCUGAUCACGAAGAAGAGAGUUUCUCACAAACCAACGUAUGAGACUAUGAGGAAGAGCUUAGAAGCCAUGAAAGCUCACUGUCUAAACAAUGGAGUGACUGAUAUUUCCAUGCCUAGGAUUGGAUGUGGACUCGAUGGCCUGGAUUGGAAUAAAGUUUCAGCAAUACUUGGGGAAGUGUUUGAAGACACAGAUAUAAAGAUCACAGUUUACACUCUGUGA